AUGUUUACGGAUCGAAUUGCAACAGUCUCAAAUUUUGACGAUGCUCCUACAGAAAAACUGAGCCUUGAAUUAUUUACAAUUGAGAAAAAAAUCGGGAAAGGCCAGUUUAGUGAAGUUUUUCGAGCACAAUGUAAAUGGAAUAAUCUUCAUGUUGCACUCAAAAAAAUACAGGUAAAAUAGAUUUUUUUGAACAUUGAGAAAAAAGUUUUAUUGUAGGUUUUCGAAAUGGUAGAUCAAAAAGCUCGACAAGAUUGUUUGAAAGAAAUUGAUCUUUUGAAACAAUUGAAUCAUGUAAAUGUUAUCAGAUAUUAUGCAAGUUUUAUUGAUAAUAAUCAAUUGAAUAUUGUCCUGGAAUUGGCAGAAGCUGGAGAUAUGAGCAGAAUGAUCAAGGUAUUUUUAUGGCCAAUAUUUCUGUUUAUUUUGUAAUUAAUUUUUUUCUUGUUUUCAGCAUUUCAAAAAAUCUGGAAGAUUGAUCCCUGAGCGUACAAUUUGGAAAUAUUUUGUUCAACUUGCUCGAGCUCUUGCUCACAUGCACUCUAAGAGAAUAAUGCAUAGAGGUUUGCAAAUGAAGUUAGAAUUAAUUAAAACUUUUAAUAAUUCCAGACAUCAAACCAGCCAAUGUCUUCAUUACUGCAAAUGGAGUUGUUAAACUUGGCGAUUUGGGUUUGGGAAGAUUUUUCAGUUCAAAAACAACAGCAGCGCAUUCUUUGGUGGGAACACCAUAUUAUAUGGUGAGCGAAAUUGAAAAAAGUCCCUUAUUAGUAAAAAGAAUAAUAUUGAAAAGUUUUCCUAGGUCUUUUGAUCUUCGCUGCAAAUAUUUCACUUUUUGAAAAACUCAUUAAAAUAGUAUGACGUGCCUAAUUAAAUUUGAAGAAAAAUGAUGAGUUUUGCUCUCACAAAAGGUCCAAAGAACAGAGAUCAAUGUGCGGCGAUUUUCUUCAAUCAAAAAUUUAGCCAAACUGUUUCGAAGACUGAAAUUCUAAACUAUGAUGUUUGCAGAGUCCUGAGAGAAUUCAAGAAAGUGGAUAUAAUUUCAAAUCAGAUUUAUGGUCGACAGGUUGUUUAUUAUAUGAAAUGGCAGCAUUGCAAUCACCAUUUUAUGGUGAUAAAAUGAAUUUAUAUUCACUUUGCAAAAAAAUUGAAAAUUGUGAAUAUCCACCACUUCCUGCUGAUAUUUAUUCAACACAACUUCGAGAUUUGGUUUCACGGUGUAUUUUACCAGAAGCUGCAAAGCGACCAGAAACUACUGAAGUUUUGCAGGUUUGUUUGUUUUAGUGAAAAUUAAUUAAACAAACCAAAUCAAUCAUUUUAAUUCAGACCAUAUGAUUUCCCGAGGUGUCUUUCCGCAUUUUAAGGUCACGUGAUUUAUAUUGGAAUAUCUUAAAACCAGAUUUCCUCUCAAAAUUUUCAGAUUUCAAGACAAAAAGUCUAACAUAGACAUAAAAAUCUGUGAAAAUCUAAUCGACUACUAAUAAAGCAAAAGAGAGCCCUGGGUGCUAGUCCUACCUGGGGGACUGAGGCCCAGGCCAGGGAUUGAACUCUUGACCUCGUGGGCGGGGGAUCAACCAGCAAAUUUAAGCCACUAGACCACAGGACUCCCUGACACCCCUCGCCUUAUUUUAAUAUUUAUGAUGGCCUAUCAUGUUUUCCGUGCGCAUUCAACUUGCAACAGUAACAGACAAAACAUUCAAUUUUUGACUAAUGCAUUUUAAUUAAAAGAAGAAGCAUGUUUUCAAAAUUGAAACAUAAACUCAAAAGCUAUAUUUUUCAUUUAUGCCCUAACUUGUAACUAUAAAUUGACAAUUUAUCAUUGUAUAAGGCUCUAUUUUGCUUUUUUUCUUGUUGAGUUUAAAAAAUUUUCAAUGUUUUCGUCUUAAUUUUAGUCUUGAAGUCUGAAAAUUAUGUAAGAAAAUAUUUUUUAUACAAUACUGAAUUAUCAAUUUAUAGCGACAAGUUAGGACAUAAAUGAAAAAUAUAGCUUUUAAGUUUAUGUUUUGAUUUUGAAAACAUGUUUCUUCUUUUAUUUAAAAUGCAUUAAUCAAAAAUUGAAUUUUUUGUUUUUUGUUUGCUGAAACUGUUGCAAGUCAAAUGCGCACGGAAAAAAAAUGAUAGGCCAUCAUAAAUAUGAAAAUAAGGCGAGGGGUGUCAGGGAGUCCGGUCUAGUGGCUUAAAUUUGCUGGUUGAUCCCCCGCCCAAGAGGUCAAGAGUUCAAUCCCGGCCUUGGGCCUACAUACCCCAAGGAGGAUUAGUACCCAGGACUCUCUUUUGCUUUUUUGGUAGUCGGUUUUAUAUAUUUUCACAGUUUUUUAUGUCCAUUAGACUUUUUUUGUUAGACUUUUUGUCUUGAAAUCUGAAAAUUUUUAGAGGUCUUUUUUUUAUAAGAUAAGAAAAAUAAAUUUGUUUUCUGUGAAAUCUGAAACUAAAAAAAGCAAAAGAGAGCCCUGGGUGCUAGUCCUCCCUGGGGGACAGAGGCCCAGGCCAGGGAUUGAACUCUUGACCUCGUGGGCGGGGGAUCAACCAGCAAAUUUAAGCCACUAGACCACAGGACUCCCUGAAACCCCUCGACUUAUUUUCAUAUUUAUGAUGGCCUAUAAUUUUUUCGGUACGCAUUCGACCUACAACAGUUUCAGACAAAAAAUUCAAUUUUUACUAAUGAAUUUUGAUUAAAAGAAGAAACAUGUUUUCAAAAUUGAAAUCUAAACCCAAAAGCUAUAUUUUUAUUUCUGAUAUCCUAAAUUUCUUUUGUAAAAUCUAUAACUGAAAAAGCAAAAGAGAGCCCUGGGUACUAGUCCUCCCUGGGGUGAUUAGGCCCAAGGCCGGGAUUGAACUCUUGACCUCUUGGGUGGGGGAUCAAUCAGCUUAGCCACUAGACCACAGGACUCCCUGACACCCCUCGUCUUAUUUUCAUAUUUAUGAUGGCUACUUGUUUUUUUUUCACUCUUCUAAUGAAUACUCGGUCAGAAAACGGCGGAGUCGCUACCGAUCGGGGCGGAGUCGCUACACAUUUUUUGUUCCCCGAAACGUGUAGCGACUCCGCCCCGAUUGGUAGCGACUCCGCCGUUUUCUGACCGAGUAGUUAAUCUCCAAUUUUUCAAUAAAAAUUCUUUUACAGGUAUCUGAACACAUGAAUUUGUACUUCCAAUCAAAUUCUUCCGAACAUGGGUCGAGUUAA